AUGCGAGGUGAGACGACGACAAAAAAGCCUCCGACGCUGCGGCGCGUCUUGCGUUUACGAGCCGGUCGUAAACGAGCCUCGCGCGCUGGAUUAGUCACAGAUGAAUCGGGUCCGCUUUUGAAUCGGCCAACCAAUUUCAUUCUUGAAAAGAAAGCUCUAAUGCAAGCUCUUCAAAUCGUCCGCCCAAGGUUAAUGCUGCUCAACCGCUUCAACGCGAUUCUGGCGCGUCGGCCCCUUCUCACUCAGAUGGUUGUAUCCGGAGCGGUUUGCGGCGCUGGAGACGUAUUUGCACAAUACAUCACCAAGGAACCACGGUGGGAUGUGUGGCGAACCGCUCGAUUCACUUUCCUCGGUACAUUCAUCAUCGCUCCUCCGUUGAACGUUUGGUUCCGAGUUCUUGAGCGGAUAACUCAUCCUAACAAAAGUGUAGCAGUUGUGAAAAGGAUGAUGGUGGAUCAGCUUAUGUUCGGACCAUGUCUUACCGCAGUCAUUCUCACGAGCGUCAAGCUCUUAGAGGGUGACCCUCCAGCAGUUGCCAUCAGCAAAAUGAAGGAAGUUUGGGGCGAAGUCUACAUAAACAGCCUGAAAAUUUGGCCCGCGGUGCAACUUUUCAAUUUCUACGUCAUGCCGUUGAAUUAUCGAGUUUUGGUGGUCCAACUGGCCGCCUUCUUCUGGAACAGCUACAUAUCGUACCGCACACAACUCAAGGAAUAA